AUCAUAUAUUCAUUUAGCUAAUAAGAUAUAAGAAUAAUAUUAUAUUUUUUUUUCAAGAUCAAAGUAAAAUAGAUAAAUCAUUAAAUCACAGAUAUAAUAAUAUAAUAUCAUCAUUGUGUCUUACUUUUUUUCAAAAACUCAGCUUCAGCAUUCGUGUUUACGGCGCAUUUCUAAAAUCAUCUGUGCCGCACUGCCGCUCCUCAACGCUAACCAACCGUUCACCAAUAACAUCAAUUCAAUAUUGAAUUUAUGACAUUUUAGAAUAGAAUUUGUCGAUACCUAACUACUAACUAUUAAUAACAAUUAUUGCUAAAUAAUCAUGUGGAUUAAUUAUAUUGCAUACACUUUAAUAAGUUUAGUCAAUGUGUAUUGUAUAUCAACAUUUACUACAGUUACAUCUAGUAAAACAGAUAAUGCAGUAUUUAUAUACCCAGGACAAGUAAAUAUUGUUAUCUAUGUUUGGUGUGUUGAAAGAAUAAUAAAUUUAUGUUUAAUUUUUGUUAAGGCAAAAAGUGAACGAGACUUGAGCAUUUGUGAACAACAUAGUGUAUGUAAUAUUGUACAUCUUAGAUUUUGGUUUCCAAAUCAAGUCGAACGUUUAUGUAAAUGCCCGAAUCGUGAAGAAUGUCCAUGGGAGUGGAGCACAAAUGAUAAUCUUAGUAUGCCAUUAGAUAACCGUUCACAACUUAAGUUUUGUAAACCUAUUAAUGAAUUGCCUGAUUGUACAACAAAAGCUGAUGAAUCUAUAACAAUUGUAAAAAGUAGAGAAGAUAAUGAUGUUAAGAUAAAAGCCAAAGUCCACUGUAACUGUCCACAUCAUACAACUUGGGAAUUAAUUAAACAUGAACAAAAAGACCAACACAACGAAACUACUGAUAUAAGUUAUGUUGAAGAUUUAUUCAAAUGUAAAAAGUUAAAGGAUUGUAAUUCUGGAGAAUUUUGUGGAUAUAUAAGAACAGAUUACUACUCAACAUAUACUAAAUGCACUUGUCCAUACGGUCAUUUGUGUUUACACAAAGAUAGACAAGAGAGUACAACAUAUGAAAUGUUAUUUUAUGGAACAUCAUACCGAGCGGAAUGCACACAGUUAAGUGCAGAGUUAAAAUAAGUCUGAUAAUGAUUUUAUUGCUCAAAUAACACUAAUGUACUUAAGGAGACUAAUUUUUACUUUUAUCAAUGUUUGUAAAAAAAUCAAUUAAUCCAAAUUUAAAACAAAUUAUUAGAUUUAAUA